CAUUUCUUUGAUUGUCCUUUUUGUCAAUAGAAAACUCUUCUAUUGUUUCUAUUAAAACCAAACAAAGAAAAAAAAAGAAAAAAACGAAAAUAGAAUAUGGAAAAGUUGAGAUUUGUUCUUGUGUUGCUAGCAUUGUGUCUUUCAACAUCACUAGUAAAAGGAGGAGAUCCUUUUUUGUUUUUUGAAUGGAAAGUCACUUAUGGCACUAUCUCUCCCCUUGGUGUACCCCAACAAGUUAUUUUGGUCAAUGGCCAAUUUCCAGGACCUAUAAUUAAUGGUACCUCCAACAAUAAUAUUGUUGUCAAUGUGUUCAAUCAGUUGGACGAGCCGUUCCUCUUUACAUGGAACGGCGUCCAACAGAGGAAGAAUUCGUGGCAAGAAGGUACCCUUGGCACCAAUUGUCCCAUUCCUCCCGGGAGCAAUUUUACGUACCAAUUCCAGGUCAAGGAUCAAAUUGGAAGCUUUUACUAUUACCCCACCACAGCUUUGCAUCGUGCAGCGGGUGGGUAUGGUGGGAUAAGUGUACAUAGUCGCGCAUUGAUUCCCGUCCCCUUUGACGUUAACCCUGCAGACGAAUUCUUUGUCCUUGUAAGUGAUUGGUACACCAAAAGUCAUUCCCAAAUGAGGAAGCUUUUGGACAGUGGGCGCGCCCUGGGAAGGCCCAACGGAGUCAUUAUCAAUGGCAAAAGUGGCAAAGGUGAUAACAAGGACGAGCCAAUGUUCACUAUGACCCCUGGAAAGACGUAUAGAUACAGGUUCUGUAACGUUGGCAUGAAGGAUGCUAUCAACGUUAGAAUCCAAGGACAUGUCAUGAAAUUAGUUGAGAUCGAAGGAUCUCACACCGUACAAAACAUGUACGAUUCACUUGACGUUCACCUCGGACAAUGUAUGUCUGUUCUGGUAACUGCUGAUAAAGACCCUAAGGAUUACUUCCUCGUGGCCUCCACACGAUUCACAAAGGAACCACAUACUGCUACCGCCACUAUCCGUUAUGCCAAUGGCAAAGGCGCCCCGGCCUCAUUAGAAUUGCCAAAGGCUCCAAUUGGUUGGGCUUGGUCACUUAACCAGUUCCGCUCAUUCCGUUGGAAUUUGACAGCAAGUGCAGCUAGGCCGAAUCCACAAGGAUCCUACCACUACGGCCAGAUCAACAUCACGCGUACCAUAAAACUAGUGAACGCGGCGGGCUCAGUGGACGGGAAACUUCGAUAUGCAAUCAACGGUGUUUCACAUGUGAAUCCUGAGACUCCAAUUAAGUUGGCUGAGUACUAUGGUGUUGCUAAUAAGGUUUUCAAGUAUGAUCUUAUUAAGGAUGAUUAUGAAGCUCCAACUGCUAAAACAGAAGAGAAGAUUACACUUGCACCAAAUGUAGUAAAUGGAACUUACCGCAACUUUGUGGAGAUCAUCUUUGAGAACCAUGAGAAGAGUGUUCAAUCUUUUCACUUGGCUGGAUACUCUUUCUUUGCUGUUGCGAUUGAACCAGGGAAAUGGACACCAGAGAAGAGGAAGAACUACAACUUGCUUGAUGCAGUGUCAAGGAAUACCAUCCAAGUUUACCCUAAUUCAUGGGCAGCAAUCAUGACAACUAUUGACAAUGCUGGCCUUUGGAACUUAAGGUCAAAUUCUCUUGAAAGGCAAUACUUAGGACAACAGCUUUACUUCAGUGUCCUCUCUCCAAAAAGAGAUUUGAAAGAUGAAUACAAUAUGCCUGACAAUGAUAUCUUGUGCGGCAUAAUUAAGGACAUGCCUCUACCAAAACCUUAUUCCGUAUAAACAUUGAUAUACUUAUGUAUGAUUUCAGAAUAACUCUUUUUGCUCCUAACUCAUGUAGGCCUUAAUAUUCUGAGUUAGAGAGAAGAUAGCACAAACCAAAGAAAAAAAGGGAAAAAAAAUUGACAAGAAAUCCAUGUUUGUAUAAGGGGAUUGAAGAGUUUUGGGUGACAAAAAUCUCAAAUUCUUGGUCUGCUAUUCCCCAACACAUUGGCCAGCCUUUUGUGCAUGCAGAAUGAAAUUCCUUCUAUUUGCAUUUUUUUUUUUAAAUAGUGUAGUCAAGAAAUAAUUUUGUUAUUUGUUUCUGAAUGCAUUGAGCAAAUCAUCACUUAUCAAUAAGAGGACAAUGAAUGUUUAUUUUCCA